CUAGGCAUGCAGACUGCUUCUACAAACAUUUGUGAAAGAAUAGGUCGCUCUCAGGAGCUCAGUGAAUUCAGUCGUGGUCCCGUGAUAGGUUGCCACCUGUGCAAUAAGUCCAUCCAUGAAAUUUCCUUGAAUUAUAUUAUAUUAAUAUUUCACGGUCAACUGUUAGUGGUAUUAUAACAAAGUGGAAGGCCAUGUAACAUGACAGAGUGGGCACGCCAUCACUGGACUUUAGAGCAGUGGAGACGUAUUCUUUGGCAUGAUGGAUCACGUUUCUCUGUCUUGCAAUCCAAUGGACGUGUCUGGGUUUGGUGAUUGCCAGAACGGUACUUGCCUGACUAAUUUGUGCCAAGUGUAA